AAGGGCUUCAGCACUGACUUGACUUAAUUAAGAGGUGGGUGCAGUGAGGAAAGCUCAGUGAAUACAGACACUGCCCUCUGUUAUCCAUUGGGGCUGAUCAACAGCUGGAGUGGACUCUGACCUACCCAGAAGCCCCAUGUGAUUCUCAUCAGUGUGUGUAUGUAAGAAGAGCCAAAGGAGGCCUGUCGCUAACCUCUAUAUAAGAUGACAGCAAGUCAUAUCCAACGCCUCCAGGGACUGAAGGAACUUGUAUGACGCACAGCAGACGUGGGACCAUUUGGGGAGGCAGCUUCUUCAAUUUUUUUUCGGACUGACCCAGCUGCACCAUGGCUCUGCUCGUGCACAUACUAGCCUGUGCCUUUGGCCUGGGCUCUUGGGUGGCAGUAAACGGUCUGUGGGUGGAGCUGCCACUCAUCGUCAACGCUCUCCCAGAGGGCUGGGAGCUCCCGUCCUACCUGACAGUCAUCAUCCAGCUGGCCAAUCUGGGACCUCUUCUGGUCACCAUCAUGCACAAACUGUGCCCGGGUCGUCUUAAUGAACGUGUUGUCAUUUACUCCAUCCUCUCCAUCGGCAUCCUCUCCUGCAUCCUGCUCGUCUUCUUGUGGGAGAAGACUACAAUAGUGGCUGGGGCGCCACAUAGCACUGCCUUCUUCAUCAUCACCUUCUUCCUCUCUCUGGUGGACUGCACCUCCUCAGUCACCUUCCUGCCUUUCAUGAUGCAGCUUCCAGCCAAAUACAUCACCACAUACUUUAUUGGAGAGGGGCUCAGUGGUUUCAUUCCUGGCAUAGUCGCUCUGGCACAAAGUGUGGGCAUCUCUAAAUGUGUCAACUCGUCUGAGACUGAAGGAAACCACACAGACUCAAACAUGUGGUCUUUACAUACAGAGUAUCUUCCCCCCAACUUCUCCACAGAGGUGUUUUUCAUCUUCCUAGCAGCCAUGAUGUGCAUCAGCCUGGCUGCUUUUGUUGCACUGAACAGGCUCCCUCGGACGUUUGAGCUGUCCACUGAAAACCUUGUGCCAGACACCGUGGCAUCUGUCAGCUCCGGCCUGGACAACCCCGGAGCAGAGACUGAUGGAGAGGGUGUAAAAUGCCAGGGUGAGGGGGCAGCCCAGAGCACGCUUCUGCUGCCCGGCCCAAAACACUCAGUGUACCAGCUGACCUUCAUCUACUUUAUGGUGGUGUGGGUUAAUGGUGCUACCAACGGCCUGCUGCCCUCUGUGCAGACGUACUCCUGUAAGCCCUACGGAAACCUGGCCUAUCACCUCUCUGCUGCUCUGGCAUCAGUGGCCAAUCCAGUGGCUUGCACCAUUGCAAUGUUCUUCCAAAACAGGUCACUGGUAUUUCUUGGCGUGAUGACGGCAUUGGGGACAGGAUUUGGCAGCUAUAACAUGGCUAUGGCAGCUUUGAGUCCAUGUCCUCUGCUUCAAGGGUCAGUGCUGGGAGAGAUAAUCAUUGUGCUCACAUGGCUUUUCUUCACUGGAACUCUGUCAUAUGUCAAAGUCAUGGUGGGUGUCAUCCUCAGAGACCGGAGCCACAGCGCCCUGGUCUGGUGCGGAGCCGCAGCACAGAUUGGCUCGUUAGUUGGCUCGGUCACCAUGUUCCCUCUGGUUAACGUCUACCGGCUGUUCAAGUCGGGAGAUUUCUGCACCACUAAAUGUCCUUUAUGACAGUAAAUCUGAGAACUGCAGCACCGAGGAAGCUGGAGACACUCUCCGUUAAAGGAAUAGUUUAAGCUUUUUCAAUUUCUUACAAAACGUUUGAUGAAUAGACUGACACCACUCUCAUAGCUGUGUGUUAUAC